AUGGAGCUGAAGUUGUGGCUUUCUUUUCUGUUAUUACAAGUGACCCAUUGUGUCCAGACCCCUCGUGGUCAAUGGACAGCAAACAUACCAACAAAGAUUCCUGCACUGCAGGGCUCCUGUGUGGUUAUUCCCUGCAUCUACACUUACCCCAAGCCCAUAUCAAACAAGAUCCUAAACAGGUGGAGAGGAUUCUGGAGAAAAGGAAACAAGAUUGUCUCAACCAAUCUCCUCAAAUGGAAACUCCCGAAGGAGUACAAAAAACGAACCCAGUUUCUGGGAGAUCUGCAGUCACGCAAUUGCACCAUGCUGCUGGAUGGUGUCAGGGGGACUGAUGUUGGCCCUUUCUACUUCAGGAUCGAAAUGCCACAAUACAAAAGCUUCUCCUACACAAAACACACAGUGACCAUUGAUGUUAUACGCGAUCCACAGCCUCCAACUCUGUCUGUGAGGGUGAAUGACAGAGUAACUGCCUCCUGCUCUGUGUCGCACUCCUGCCCUUUUUCCCCCCCUCAAUUCUCCUGGAGUCGCUCUGGAAUCGUCUGGCGCCGAUCAAAGAGGCUGAAUAAAUGGAAGUGGGAAACAGUGUCAACCCUGUCCUUUCAACCUCUACCCGCUGACUUCAACAAGACUUUAAACUGUACAGUGCAAUACAGAGGAGGCAAGCAGGCAAAGAGCUCCAUGAGAAUAUGACGUGGGCCCAGUGCAAGACCUAAGUAUCUCCUUUCAUUCUGCGUGGUUUAAUGAAUUCAUGCCACACACUGUAUGUCAUAAAAAUUGAGCCUCUUCCAGUUGCUACAUUUGCACGUUUACUGUUCACGCAGAUGAUGACAGCCGAUCCCGUCUACUGUGAAAGAGAGAGAGA